CACCGAGGUCCGGGUAUGGUAACCCUAACAAGCACAGACAUCGUCAACCCUGUUUUUCUCUUUCUCUCUCUCUCUCUCUCUCUCUCUCUCCACCUCAACCGAUUGUUGUGUCGGUGGGCAGUUUUGGAGCGGGAGGCAGCGAUGGCUUCAGUGCACGCCGAGGAGCUUGGCGAGUUCUAUGUGCGUUACUACGUUGGCCAUAAGGGCAAGUUCGGUCACGAAUUUCUGGAGUUCGAGUUCCGUCCCGAUGGCAAGCUCCGCUACGCCAACAACUCCAACUACAAAAACGACACCAUGAUUCGCAAGGAGGUCUUUCUUACCCAGGCCGCGCUCAAGGAGUGCCGACGCAUUAUUACUGAUAGCGAGAUAUUGAAAGAAGAUGAUAACAACUGGCCAGAACCUGAUAGAAUUGGACGACAGGAGCUCGAGAUUGUGAUGGGAAACGAGCAUAUAUCCUUCACUACAUCAAAAAUUGGUUCCCUUCUUGAUGUACAGAGCAGCAAGGAUCCUGAAGGUCUUCGGAUUUUUUACUAUCUUGUCCAGGACUUGAAAUGCUUCGUUUUUUCGCUCAUCGGUCUGCAUUUCAAGAUUAAGCCUAUCUAAGUUUUGCUCCCAUGAUUGUUAUCAAUGGUGGAUGUCGGUGUAAUUUUCAAGGUUUUCAAGGCCACUGAAGUGGGCAGAGCAGUUCAUACGCAAGAACGUUUUGAUACCGUCAAAUUGCUACUGGAUGAAGAAUUGUGUCAAUGUGUGCGACCGGGAGUUUUUCUGUUUCAGUCCUACUGUACAUUGUUUGCACCUGAUUAAUGGGCAAGGCUUCUUAUUCUAUGUGGUGACUCGGGGUUAUCCCAGUUGUAAUCAAUCAGACAGUACACCACAUUUUUAACAUCGUCAGCUGUUUUAACCA